AUUUCACAUCAAGUAACCCCUGCAGCAUGACUUAAUUGUUGAGAGGGGGCGUCGCGGCCGCGCCCACCCGCCAAAUGUUGACAUCAUACCACUUGUAUGAUGUCGCCCGCGUCGUCCACCUGUAAUAAGAAUAGGCGUCGUCUGUAUCUGUGCUCUGAUAUGAGGUUACAACCGAUUGCGUCAUUAAAAGCGACACUGAAGUCGGAUUUGGAGCUUCACAGCCAUGUAACGUGAGCCGCAGAUUUUCAUUGGCGUCUGGCCGCCUCUCUUGCAUCUGCGUAGAAUUUUUUUGCAAUGCGUCUGUAGAGGGAGGAAAAGCUGCUGCAAGGGAGCGAUGAGCGUGAACCAGCGGGACUUUGCACCGAGGUCAGGGGCCGAGGGGGAUGCUGCACGGUGCAUCAGAGACUCUCUGCCCAGACUCCUCACCGGCCAGCGCUGCUCUUUGCAAACUAAGUCAUAUGCAUACAAAGCCCAAGAGGACAAACUGAAUCCUUACAGGCGAAGUGAAGCCUCGAAGCUGAAAUUGCCACCAAUUAGGGACACCGCAAAGUUGAGGGAGCUGUCUGCAAACAACAUUAAGGAGCUUAAGAACCAGAAUUAUGUGCUGCAACAGCAAUUGAAAGAUUCCAAGACCGAGAACAAAAUACUGAAGAACGUUCUGCAUCGCCACACGGUGGCGCUGCAGCAAUAUCAAGAUUUGGAUGGGAGCAUUUCUCAGAUACAAGACCAGCACAGAAACGAAGUCAAAGCUUUGCGGAAGUUGCUCGCUGAGACACGCUCAAGCCGUGAUAAUCUGGCAAGGAAGCUGCAAAGCACAGAGAGGGAGUUGUUGGACUGCAAAGACAGGAUCAGUCACCUCCAGUGGAGGGUCAACCGGAACCCUAACCUGCUGGAGAAGGAGGAACUCACCCGCAGGCUCAGUGAGUUCACCAUACAGCUGGAGGAGAAAGACAGGAGGAUACAGUUCUUGGAGAAGAGUAACAUGUUGCUUCAAGGCUCACUCAAUCGCCAAGUAGCAACAGAAUACAAAAAUAUGUCCAAGACCAAUGAGAUGUCUCUGGGUCUACAAAGCACAGUUUCUGAAUUAUCCAAGAAAACUCAACUUGACAGAACAAGAGAAGCAGAGACAAAUAAUAUAAAUACUAUCCGAUCACGAAAACAUGGAAGAAAAGCCAAACAAAGCAAGAUGGUCCAGACGGAGAAACUUGGCUCGACAACCAGUGAGGCCGACAGUCGGAUCAAGUCAGACCUUUCCGGGACUGACGAAAGGGUCCAAAGGUGGCAGAGCCCUGACAGCUCGGAUUAUGUACCACACAAAUCUCGUACAACUGAACAAAGGAGAAAGAACAGCCAGAGGCAUUCUGAUAAAAAAUCAGCCUGCGGGGAUGCCCAGUAUCGCCAAGAGGAAAGGCCGGACUCAUCAGAAGAUACGCAGGAGUCAGAGGAGAGUGACGAGGAAGAGGAUGAGGAAAAGGAGAAGAGCAGGGAUGAAGAUGACAAGGGGGAGGAAGAGGAGCAGGAGGAAGAGGAGAAUGAGGACAGAGAAGGCCAGGGGAGGUCAGAGGGGCACAACGGUGAAGGAAAGGAGGAAAAGGAGGAGCACGAUGAUGAAGAUUACGAGGAUGAGGGAAUGGACCAAAAUGUGGAGGAGGAAACUGAGGAAACUGAGGGAAAAGAACAGAAGUCAGAGGAAACGAGGUUAGAGGAGACAUUUGAGGAGACCAGAGGGGAACAUGAGGAGGGGGAGGAAUGGGACUAUGAGGAUGAAGAUGAGGAGCAGGAGGAGGAGGAGGAGGAGGAGGUGGAGAAUAAGGAAAAUGACGAAAAAGUGUACGUGGAGGUCCAGCUGGAGGAGAGGAAGAAUAAGGAGAACGAGAAGAAAAAGAAGAAGAAGGAUGAGGAGGACGAUGAUGAGGGGAAGAAGAAGAAGAAAAAGAAGGAGGAAGAC